AGUCAGUUUCAGCCGUUCGAUUGGUAUUUACUCAGAUAUAAUAGCGCUAGGGUUUUCAGACUUAGAGCCACCUCCGCUUGUCAUCGGCAUCUGCGAGUUAUCUCUCUAGCGCAGUCACACACGAUGGCAACUCAAAUUAGCAAGAAGCGAAAGUUCGUCGCUGAUGGCGUCUUCUUCGCCGAGCUGAAUGAGGUCCUGACUCGGGAGCUUGCCGAGGAUGGCUACUCCGGAGUUGAGGUCAGGGUUACUCCGAUGCGCACUGAGAUCAUCAUCAGAGCAACCCGUACACAAAACGUCCUCGGAGAGAAGGGGAGGAGAAUCAGGGAGCUGACCUCCGUGGUGCAGAAGAGGUUCAAGUUCCCAGAGAACAGCGUUGAACUUUAUGCCGAGAAGGUUAACAACAGAGGGCUCUGCGCUAUUGCUCAGGCUGAGUCUCUUCGCUACAAGCUUCUCGGUGGUCUUGCUGUUCGCAGGGCCUGCUAUGGUGUUCUGAGGUUUAUAAUGGAAUCUGGUGCUAAGGGAUGUGAGGUUAUUGUUAGUGGAAAGCUAAGGGCUCAGCGUGCCAAGUCUAUGAAGUUCAAGGAUGGGUACAUGAUAUCAUCUGGCCACCCAGUUAAUGAAUACAUCGACUCUGCUGUGAGACAUGUGCUGUUGAGACAGGGAGUUCUUGGUAUCAAGGUAAAGAUCAUGCUUGAUUGGGAUCCAAAGGGCAAGCAAGGGCCAACAACUCCUCUACCUGAUCUUGUCACAAUUCAUACUCCCAAGGAGGAAGAGGAAUACGUGAGGCCUCCUGUCGUUGCAACUGAGAUUGAAGUCCCAGUCGUGGCCUAAUUCCAACACUGUUACUCUGUUUGCAGUCCAUGCUCUUUGUAGUCUAGACCUCUGAGUGCAUUUUUUUUCUUCUCCUUUUCAGCCCUCAGACUAGCUAAAACUCAUGUUGGUUUCUUUAAAAUGUUGCUAAAUAUUCUUUCUUUGUCAUGGUAUGUUGGAUUAUACAAUUUUUGCUGGUUUAUGAAUUUAGUGGUUUACUUUCUCCA